GCACAAGUAAAAAAAAGAAAAGAAAUAUCGCGACACUUGGAGAGAUCAAACGGUGUUUACUAAAGUCUGGGAUUUGUAGUCCCAUUUGUAAUAUUACUCGUACGUCUGAGAUAAACGCAGCUACCAGCGGCACGCUUUUCGGUAACAUUGUCAUCACAUACACUUCUUAUAUAAUUCGACUUAUGGUAGUGCCGCAAAAAGCUCACAAGUCAUAGUUUGUACCGAUAGUUUAGCACGUUAGCUUAGCCGUCACAGUGGCGCUUGUUGCGUAGCGACGCUAAUGGCGUGCAAGCGGUUAGCAUCUAGCAACGAGGGAGCUAAUAGCUAACAAACUUUACACAUGUCGUGGACAGUGGACCUCCGGUGGCAUCUAUUUUGCAGCGCAUUUAAUGUUUACUCGGAAUGCAUGUUGUCUAAAUGACGUUUGACGUCGUGGAUAUCUUUAAAGUGUAGUAUACAAUGACAACAACAAAAGUUUGACAGGUGAUGUGAGAUGAAUCGAAGGUAGAAGCUACUUCUGGAAACAUCUUUAGUGGUACCAAGGCCGAGUGUUUCUGGCUGUGCUGUCUGGUUUUGAGUUGAGAGGCCCAUUUCCAGGCCCUUUUUUUUCCGCCACGUCGAAGCCCGAGAAGACCUCGAAGAUACUCAUCUGCAUUCGUCGUGGGACGCUCCCGCCUUCACGUCUUGGCCUCGGCAGAAUCAGGUUACGCUCGUCCGUCAGAUGGCGUUCUGCCUGGCUGAGCUGCACUUGUGGUCCACCAAGAGCUCACUCCAAGUCAAAGAUACAGAUAUUGGCACCUAUCAGUACUACGAUAAAGGAGAGCCAGGCAAUCUCUUGGAGCAUCACUAUUACAAUGAGAAACUGCAUUUCAGUGAAGCUCGAGGCUACUCUUGGACCCCCGCAAACCGCCGACCAGAGAGGCUACGUGAUUCGCUGAAGGAGCUUGAGGAACUGUUGCAGACCAAUACCUGUGUUCACACCAGAUGGAGGAAUAAGCAUUGCUGCCAGCUCAUACUGGGCAGUGGCAUACUGGUGACCUUGACCCUCAACGGGCUCCAACUUGAGCAAGUGUGCAUCGACCGAGUGCUUGUGGGCCGACUGCCAGGCGACACCUUGACUAGCGCGGUGCUGAGCGACAGGCUGAUUCUGCUGUCCUUCCUAAAGCAGAGCCAAGUCGCUGCGGUUUUCCUCGGCAAAAAGAACCAGGACUCCCAGGAGGCUGGCAGGGACACAGACAAACUCUCAGCUUCUGAAAUAAAGGUGAAAUGUGUGGAACUAUCAGGAUGGGCACAUGGGCCCCACCAAGGCCUGGCUGUCAACCGCUUGCAGGACUUGGCACUGUGCUGGUGGAGGUGUAGUGAGCAAGAUGAGGAGCUGUUGCCCUGGUCCCCUGCAAACGUGCACAGGAACAAUCUGGUCCUGUUGAGCUGCUCACCCUCGGAGGGUCUCCAGGUCCUCAGCUCAUCCCAGACAGAAGGUGACCUCCUAGACUGCAGCUUCAGUCAGCUUCAGUCCUACCACCUGCUGACGGUAGAAGCCCCUGCUGGACCCCAAGCAUCCAAAGAGGGCUCUUGGGCUAAAUCCUCUGUGUUUGAAUGUCCGAGAGGACGACUGCACCGCUUGUCUGUCACUCGCAUCCCACUACCUUCACAUCCCAUAUCCUGCUCACGUCAUCCCAAUGAAAGGAUACUCCUCCUGGGUCUUAGUGACGCCUCCGUGGUCCUCUACGACCAGCGACGGUGCGUCUCACUUUUGGCCUCCUGCCUCGUGCCGCCCACUCUCCUGGCUUGGCAUCCUGCUGGAGCAAUGGCCGUGGCGGGGGCUGUUCAGGGCGAUCUGAUGUGCUUUGAUGUGGGCCUGGCACCCCUGAAGAUGGGGCUGGUGGCAGAAGAGGUGACUCCGACAUCUACGCUACAAUUGGCCCAACAUCUGCGCUGCACUGGAGGCCUGCAGAGACUACAAUGGGAAACAGGUCCAGAAGGUGGCGAUGAGGGUGCAGAUACGCUCAUGCUGGCCUUUCACGGAGGACCAUUAGCUUCCUUAAGAUUCCGAUUGGGGGCCCUGAAUGGGGGCCAGCUGGGCACAGAGGAGCUUCUCCACCAGCGGCUGCGUUGUGGUCAGGUCCGAGAGGCCCUCUGCAUCCUGGAGGCCAUGGACUGGAGCAUCAUGGGACAGGAGUGCUUCCGAGGCCUGAGCUCCAUCAUCAACCACCUAUUGAGGCACCCACUGGAUACACAGACCGAAGCACAACUGGAAGCUGCAUUAGGAGCUUUUUAUGCCCCGUCUACACCUCUGCCUGGUAAUGUUACGUUGGACUACAAGGAGCCAAUCAGCCGAUACGCACGUCGCUUUUUCCACCACCUUCUCAGACAUCAGCGCUUUGAGAAGGCCUUCCUCCUGGCCGUAGAUUUACAAGCCAAAGAUCUUUUCAUGGACCUCCAUUAUGUUGCCCGCGAUAAGGGUGAGGUGGUGCUAGCGGAGGUGGCCAAGGGGAAGGCCUGUGAAAUGGAGGCGCGGACCCUCGGAGUCGACGGUGAGGAAAUAAUCACGAUGAUUAACCCAAAAGACACUGAAGAUCCUGCAAGAGAAAGAAACGGCGUGUAUACUUGGGCGACAAGGGCCAAAGUACAACAUGACCUUCACACUCUAUCAAAACACUCGCCGAUGGAUGAACCAAUCGGGUCCGAGCUCAGGCGGAGCGCACACACGUGACCGUGAACCCAGACGUCCUGAGGACACUGAUACGAGCUGGAAGCAAUGAAAGGGACGGAGAUGCCAGCAGCGUCAUAAGUCAGCUGACGAGCGAGGAAACAUGGCCGACACCUCAGACAGGCUGCGGACGCUCUGGCAGACGACCCCCACCAAACUAAACGGGAAGCUCCCAAUGCCCCGAGGCCCCCGAAGUCUCCAUUAAGCUUCCCCUGUGGGUAAAUUGAAGACAAGUCCAAACGAAGAACUGGAGGUGCGUCCUGAGAUGAGAUGACUCAAGCCCCCACCCUGCUUAUCCUGACGAUUCCCAACAAGUUGUCAGACGGACAGAGUGGUCUUGUGAGGAUAGGAGGUGGCAGCGUUUCUGGAAUGUUCUCAGCCAAGCGUGAUUGGCUCAUGUGUCGGCCUUCACGAGGAACCGGCAGCUCUGCCAGAAUCCUGACCUUUGUGUGGCCUCGACUGGACUCGAAGGCAGAGCCGUGGACCACCUUGCUGAAGUGGACAAAACUACAAAUAUGGACGUGUUAUCCUGCCGUCAAACGUCAAUAAGUCAACUUUAUGAAAGAGGGAUGCAGCAGGUCCAUGGCGGCGCCGCUGAGCCCCAGGCCGUUGACGCCGUAGGGGGGCUGCUUGAGGUAGGACAUCAUGCUACAGGCGCUCACUGCGCCGCCCAGCUCAGGCCAGUGGCUCGCUCUCCCCCGAUGCUGCAGCUUGGCGGGACAGGCGGGACCGACCGGCUGACUGGAUGCCACCCCCAGCAAAGAAUACAUUGGACAAGAGGCUACAGGAAAAAGAAAUAAAGCCAACAAUUAUCCAGCAGCAGCAGCAGCAGGAACAACAAGUCCGCCUGAAGUCAGCGUGGUUCGGCCUGCAAAGUUGUCCACAUGUCGGCCUUCAAAGCUCUCCAAGCUCCCCGGCGUACCCUCGUCCUCCGGCGGCCAAACAAAUCAAAGUGAUCGUCAGCUAAUGGAGGCCGAUGUAGAUUGAUCACCUUCUCUCCGCCCCGCGCCUCUAAGAGACGCUCACACCUGCCCGCCCGCCUCCAGCGGCCAAUCACAGCACCACUUCCGCAUGACGGACGGCGUGGCCAGCCAAUGGCAGAGCUCCGCCUCCUCCUCGUCUCCCCCUCCUCUCCCCUCCUUCGCUGUUUGGCCUCCCUUCUGUCGGCUGCGCAGCACCAACAACACGGGGAGCAGCAGGCUGCUGGGAAGAGGAGAGGAUGGAGCAGCAGCAGGACUUCUCUUCAAGCUUUUUGGAUUUUUACUUGAUGCCAGGUCAUCAAGCAGUGGCGGCCAUAAAAGUACCAUUUGAAAGAGAAGAAGAAAAUUUUAAAAAAUGACGUCACUGCAGGACACACUUCUCCUCCUUCUUGGCCAUCUUGCCUUUGUUCUGCUCCAGCGUCCUCUCCAGGUGCUCGUCCUCCUCCUCGGCCCUGAGAUGAUGACAGGUUUAAGGUCUCGGACCAGCGCGUCUCGUUUGUUGACCAACAGGACCAGCUCGUCCAGCAGCAGCUGCUCACGUCUCUUCUGGGCCUCCGUCUUCUGCCAGUCUGAAACGUCCACAUAGAUGGCUCAGAGACACCCACGCAACAAGCCUUACCCCCCCCCCACACACACUUUAAACGUGUUGAGACCUUUGAGGAAAUAUUCAUCUUGUCUUGCCAGCAACUCGUCACCACAUGUUGGAGUGGAAAACAAGCGCACCUCCAACAUGGCAGCAAGACUUCUCUAAAUGGAGGAGAAUACUGCCUGCACACGUCCUUCAUUGUUGACUGAACCUCCAAAUCAUCCUCAUGGACUUUCUUUUUUACUAAUAUGAUGAUAACCAUAGAAGUGUAACAUAUGUGGCGUACAUCUGACCAAGUACAUGCUAAGGUAAAUAUCAUGUAGCUGAAAGCAUUAUAGCUAAUGACUAUGACAUGACUCUUUCAAAGGGUGAGUCAUUUUACUGUAUUUUACUUUUAUUAAAGGCCCCACCCCUUUUUUUUUUAAACAUUCAAAUUACAUUUCCGAUGCUAAAAUGCAACUAAAAACAGUUUGACCCUGGAACAGACUAUUUCUAUUUCCUAUUGUUUUUCUUUAGAACUUUUCAGUCACUUUGAAGUGGACCUGCAUCACAGAACAGAUCCUGAUCCUAGCGACCUCACAUGGUAGCCAUGUUAGACUGUGGACUUUGGAUACGAGACCAGCGUCCAAGUUUGGAGGAAACAAAAGUACUAACAUUAAAAGUGAUUAAAAAAAAAAAAAUUCGCAUUGCCUUCACAUUUUGGGAAAUGUCAGAAUACCCACUCAGCAGUAAUGACUAACGAGAUACACUUGAUCAUGUGACACUAACAGAUUUUAGUCUGCGGGGUCUCGACAGGAAGGGGUCCCACAGGGUUCAGGUAGGACCCCGACCCCACAUCCCCCUCGGCCUGCCCCCUGGAAGAGGAGGGGCCUGCACACGGGAGAGCACCGGCUCCCUCCGGGCUCACAUCCGCCACAACAACCUCUGCCCCCCCACCCUCCCUCCUCCCCCAUCAUUAGUGUCACUAAUUAAAACACUGAACUCCACUUUAGUGGCUCACACUUUAUCAAGUCAACCUAAAAUUCUUAGCACCUGUUGACUUUUUUUUCUAAUGAAAAUCCAACAUUCAUGUGACUCAUCAGGUAAGCAGCCGCCAUCCUCGCCAAUGAGCCCCGCCCACAACAGGAAGCUAACUACAAGGACUGACACAAGAAAAAAAAACAGGAAUGUAAAAAAAAAAAAAAAAAGUCAGCCAACAAGCCAGAGUGUACUGGGGGGGCUGACUGUGCUGUCAAUCAACCGUGUCAGAGUCCCGCCCCCCUCAUUAGGAAGGUAAACAAUGAAGAGAUGAUGGACGGGAGCGAGGAAGGCGGAGUAACCAGACACCCCAACCCCCCCCCACAGAGAAUAUUCAGAUAAGACUUUUGGUAACCAUGUGAGUCGGCACAAGACACACAAGAAUGCGCUGGUCCAAAUCCCCAUCAACCCCCCCUAGGCCCAUACACCCCCCCCAUCCCCUGGUCUCACCACCAUCUAUGCAUUCAAACAAGAAGAAAAAAAAGACUUGACUUUGACUUUUUGUCAUGAAGGCUAAUUUUCAUCAAAGUCAGGUGGGGUUGGGGUUUAGGUCCAAUCCGAUUCCUAAACAAAACUCUAACCUUAACUCCACGUCAUGGCUGACCAAAAUAAAACAGAAUAAAGUGGUAAAUUUACAAGAAUAGUCUUACAUUUACAAGAAAAAAAAGCUGUAAUAUUACGAGAAAGUCAUAAUAUUGGGUGUCAUUUUCUUGUAAAUGUAUAACUUUGUCACAUAAAUCUACAACUUUUUUUUCUUGUAAAUGUACGACUUUUCCCCCACUAACCUUAAACCGCUUGUAAAUGUAUUACUUGUUUUCUUGUAAAUGUAGAAUUUUGUAACAUAAAUGUAAAAAAAUUAUCGUAAAUGUACAACUUUUUUUCCACUAACCUUAAACCUCUUGUUAAUGUAUGACUUUUUUCUUGUAAAUGUACAACUUUGUAACAUAAAUGUAAAAAAUAUUUGUAAUAAAUGUAAAAAAAAAUCUCAAAAUGUCCGACUUUUUUCCCACUAACCUUAAACCUCUUGUUAAUGUAUGACGUUUUUUCUUGUAAAUGUAUAACUUUGUCACAUAAAUCUACAACUUUUUUCUUGUAAGUGUACAACUUUCCCCCCACUUAACCUUAAACCGCUUGUAAAUGUAUUACUUGUUGUCUUGUAAAUGUAGAAUUUUGUAACAUAAAUGUAACAAAAAAUUAUCGUAAAUGUACGACUUCUUUUGCACUAACCUUAAACCUCUUGUAAAUGUACGACUUUUUUUCCACUAUCCUUAAACCUCUUGUAAAUGUAU